UUAAUAUUGGACAUAUCAGAAAAAGAGUUUUUACAAUUUUCAUUUAAACGAAAACAUUUUGGAUUCAGUGUACUGCAAGCAAAAGGAAAUCAAUCGUCAUAUCAGUUGAACUGCUUAAAAACUUGAAAAAAAAUUUUUUUUCUUCGUAUGGGAAAAGAAUGUUGUUUAAUAAAGUGAACACAAGUUUAUUCUUCAUAGUAAUGAGCACAUGUCUGCUGGAGACCUUUGCCUUUAGUGUUUCCCGUGUGGACAACUCAGACACAUGCCAGAAUCAGAUUGCACAUUUCUUGGCAUUCUAUGUUCUAAGUGGAGAACCUGCUGCCAUCCACUGUCCUGCCUUUCAAUAUCUUCAGACACACUUUUCAGAUCUUCCUGAGCACUCACUAGAACUGGUUUGGACAAGAAAUUUUUCUGAAAAUAUUGGAGAGGAAUCACGGAUUCAAGCAAAUGAAGAAGUAUUGUGGUUUUACCCAGCAAUAAAGGAAGAUUCUGGAAUUUAUUCAUGCAUUUUAAGGAAUUCAUCAUUCUGUGUAGAAGUAGCAAUGAAUUUCAAUGUCUUCACGUUGACGGAAGUUUCAUUGACUGACAUUGCAUAUGGACAAUAUGCCAUUGAACAAUCCAGUUACCAAAUGCAUUGCCCUGAUUUAGGUGAUUUCACAAAUAUCCAUACAGGUGUGCGUCUACAAUGGCUAAAGGAUGGAAACCUUUUGCCAAAAGACACCAUGAAGUAUGAAAUGUUGGAUGGUAACACGUACAUCGCCAUUAAAGAUGUGCACAAGGAUGAUGAAGGAUACUAUACAUGUGAAUUUGCAUUUACCCAUGAAAAUAGAGAAUAUUCGGUUUCCAGAAUAAUUUCUCUUCAAGUUAUUGCUCAGGACAAGAGGGAGCAGCCAGUAAUGUUACAGCCGAAACAUCAGUCAAUAGCAGCCUCUACUGGUUCCCAGCUGACCAUUCCUUGUAAGGUGUUUACUGAAUCUGGUGGCAGCAACCUUAUUGUAUGGUGGCUGGCAAACGACUCUUACAUUGACGAAUUCUUUGAAGAUGGACGUGUGAGACAGGGGAUAUCCCAGGAAACUGAGGAGAGGGGUGGAUUUUACAUUGAAGUCCCAUUAGUUUUUGAAGAAGUUAAAGAUGCAGAUUUCAGCACUGAUUUUAAGUGUAUAGGCAGCAAUGAUUAUGGUACACAAGUCCUCCCCACUCAUAUACGACAAGCAGCCUCCCACUUUUCCUGGUACAUUGUGGCGGUUCCAGCAGCUUUGAUAUGCGUGAUUAUAGCAAUAAUUUCCAUAUACAAAUACAGGAAAUCGGGCGAUAAGGAACAGUAUACUCUCGCCAAGUCAUAAAUGGUAGCAUGCCAUGGUCUUCAUUUCAAAAACCGAAUAGAAAUAUAUUUGUCUGAAAUAUGAACAUCGUUUUAUAUUAAAUAAAGUAUAAAGAGAGUGUUUUAGCUGUUUACACAAAUACAUUUUAUUUUUUUAAAUGCAUGCAUAUGUGUUAUGCUUCCAAUAAAUCAUGUGUAGAUAUUAAGAGCUGUAACAAGAAACAAUGCCAAAGUCUUAAAAUUGUAUGUGUGUUUAUUUACUAAAAUGGGAAUUGUGAA